UAUUGAUUGACCGGAAAAUAAAUUGUAAAUGAGAUAGAGGAAAGUGUAUAAUUGUUCUGAACGGUACUGGAAUUUCGACUAACCGGCAGUAAAAGUAACCAUCCAAGGAAGGUCGCAGAACCCGUUUCCGUUAUCGCAUCUCUUCCCUGGGCGAAUUUGAGCGCUUUCCUCUUCAGACAAUGGCGAUGACAAUCGAAGUUUGCUGAUAUGCAUUUAUUAUCACGACACUAAUCAUUUCUCGUUGCGGUGCGUGGAUGCGCUUGGAUUGCUUAAUGGUUCUUUUUCUAUGCAGUACUUGCUGGGCUUGCUUUUAUGUUUUCCGCUAGCAUCUUGCUUCAGAUCCUGGCUUGUGCGAUAUACAACAAUUGGUGGCCAAUGUUAUCAGCUCUCAUGUAUGUAUUGGUACCUAUGCCUUGCUUAUUUUUUGGAGGUGGUUCCACUCAAUUUCUGACUAGCCGAGAUGGUGGGGGUUGGAUUGAUGCUGCCAAGUUUUUGACUGGAGCAUCAGCUGUGGGUAGCAUGGCCAUCCCGAUUAUCCUUAGGCAUGCACAAAUGAUUCAGACAGGAGCUAUGCUUAUCGAGUUCACCUCCUUCUUCAUAUUUGUUUGCACUGUCAUGUGUUUCCACCGUGCUAGCUUAGAAGAUGAAUGGUAAUAACCAUCAAACUGGCUGGGAACUCGCGUGAUCAUUUAUGUUAUAACAAGUAUCAAAGUUACGGUGCGCUUAAAUCUGCAGAGAUACUAAAAUUUUUCACCGUGUAAAAAUAUGUUGGAUGUAUAUCUUCACAGGGCUGUUUAAUCAACUCUGUCUUUUGCUCUAUUCCCGAUCCCAACUUCGGAUUCUCUGUGUAAAGCGAGUUUUUGUAUGUGAUAUACCACCAGAACUAAUUAUUGUUUUACUUGAA